UUCGUUGGUAUUAAGCCAGACCCUGCCGGAAGUGCACGAUCCCAUGAUGCCUCUCUCUCUCUCUUUCCGGCAACCAAAAUAUAGACAAGAACAGAAUAACCAAAAGAGACAAUCUUCAUCCUAGAAGAGACCACAAAGCCAAUCAAGCUUCUUGGAAAAGACAGUACAGAUGUCCAGUGAUGAGGGGAGUUCGGGAGGCAGCCCAAAAAGAAGUUGGGCUGCCGAGGAAAAGCUUGUAGAGGAGAAAGAGCAGAGAGAGGUAAGCCCCAGGGGACGACACCACGAUAGGGUCCCCUCAGUUGAAAGGGUUGUCCCAAGCCAGGGAGAUGCAAAGGGUCAGGAGGGGGAGUUCGAAGCUAAGGUCCCAGGAAAAGACAUCUCUGGGGACCACAGGGACUCCUCCCCAAAGGCUAGGGAUACGGGUUCUGGGCUAGUUAGGGGCACCAGGGAUGGGAGCCAUGAUUCCAGGGCCCGGUCAGGUAGCAGGGAGGACAGAGUUAGGGACCCCAGUGGAGGAAGGAGCCGCUGUUCCGUUUCCAGGAGCACUCCAGGGGCCGCUGUCCCGAUGGCUAGGGACACCCCUGUGGGCAUUCCAACCGACCGGGAUGCUCACAGCGCGCCUCCACUGGGUAGGGGUUUUCAGGGGCGAAAGGAGACCACCCAAGAAAGGAAGAGAAGAAGGAAUCGACAGAAAGAGCGCCAAGCUGAAGAGACAGCCAGGCUGCAGAGGGCACUAAGGGAGGCCCAACAGAUGCGGACACCAAACUCGUUCCAGGGAGGAGGAAGAAGGGACACAGGGGUGUCGUGGCAAAGGACACCCCAACAUAACUACACGCCCACUGGGACAGGGGUGUCAGGACAGAGGACACCCCAGAGGUAUAACACACCGAGAGAGACUGGGGUGUCGGGUUAUAUGACACCCCAGGGAGGCUGUCAGACGAGGAGGACUGGGAUGUCGAGUCAAGGGACACCCCAACGGGACUGCCAGCCGAGGGAGACUGGGGUGUUGGGCCAAGGGACACCCCAAGGAGACCAACAAGCCAGGGGGGCUGGGGUGUCAAGUCAAAGGGCACCCCAACCAGACUACAAGCCGAAGGAGACUGGGGUGUCAAGUCUAAGGACACCCCAACCUGACUACAAGCUGAGGGAGACUGGUGUGUCAGGCCAGAGGACACCCCAAGGACUUGCACUGCCAAAGUUGAUGGACAUCCCCACCCUACAGCAGUGCCCCAUCCAGGGUUGCCCCAUAAGGGCAUUGGAUAUUCAGCCACAUGUGAUGCUGGAACAUGUGGCUGAAGUAUUCGGAGAACAACGAGACCAGCCAAGGGCUUCCCUCGCUCCAAUCAGGGUAGCAGCACUACAGGCACAGGCCUGGAUGCUAGUGGGUGGGGACCUAGAGGAUUUGGUCACCCAUGUGAAUAGACUGGAGAUAACACGACCCCACAUCAUUGGGCAGGCAGUCCAGGGGCAGAUGGAGGAGGUAUGCCGGGAAGGGGGACGACCAGUUCCCCCAUACUUCUCAACAGCACCGGUCAACUCUCCUGGAGCCCUCAUUGACUGGAGGGUCCAGGCAGCCAUAAUGGGGGAGUUGGGAGACAGGGCGGAUGCGUUUAGGGGAAUGUUUAGGCUGCAAGGUCCCCGGGCAGCCAUAGGGUCCUCAGCAGGCCAGAUAGGACAGGCAGAAGGGGGAAUAGAUCCGUUGAGGUCCCCCUCCGACUCCCCUCCAGGAAAAAAACUAUUUGUGGACAGUGCAAUCAGGAGUCCAACACCUCCCGCAUUUGACUCCCACUUCCAUUUAGACCGGGGGUGGAGGCAAUGGAGGAUGAACGGGAGGAUGGACCGGCAACGGUUCAUCGAGAUGCGCCUUCCCACCCCCCCAAGAAACCCAGUGGACCUAGUAGGAGGGGUUAUGGUGUAUUGUGACCCAGGGACAUGGCCAUCUGCAUUGGCAUUGCAGGAACACCCUGGAGGAUCACCCUGGGUCACAGCAAUAGGAGUCCACCCCAAAAAGGCCCAGCAGCUGGACGAUAGUUCGUUCGACAAGAUGGAACGGCUGCUGGGGUUGCCUGGGGUAAGGGCCAUUGGAGAAGUUGGGUUGGACCAGAGCCAGCGGGACCCACCUCUUCAAAGGCAGGUUAGCACCCUAAGGUGGGUCCUAAAUUUGUGCAAGGGAAGGCCAGAGGUUCCCCUCAUUCUCCAUAUUAGAGGGGCUCCCGAGGAUCGCCAUAGUGCGGAGGCGCACCUGAAAGCCCUCACCAUAGUCCGGGAGAGGGUGGACCCUCAGCAGAGGAUCCAUCUCCACUGCUUUGAUGGGGGCAGGCAGGAAGCGAGGCGUUGGAGGGAUGCCUUCCCCAAUGUCUAUUUUGGGUAUACGGGGGAGGUAUCCCGGUUCGACCAGGAACAAGGGCAAGUGGUGUCGUCCCUCCCCCUAGACAGGAUACUACUGGAGAGUGAUGCCCCCUAUUUCAGGCCAUCAUGGGUGCCCAAUCACAGCUAUGGGCAUCCCCAGUAUAUUGCCGAGGUGGCAAUGGGACUUUUGGCCUUUAGGUCGGGGGACACCCUUUGGGCAUUGCUGGAGGCCACCACCAGCAAUGCACGAGUUCUGUAUAGGGUGUAGGUAGUGGGAGCAGUUUCGUGUAAAUAGGUGUAAAUAUCUGUAAACCUGUCCAGAGAGGACAGUUAAUUUUAAGUUCGUUUUGUUAAGUUUAUUAUACUAGCCCCACCUACAUUUGUAGUCAAGGGGGCAUCACCAAGGAUAUGAGGGGACUGGGAUCGUUGCUGAAAGGGGUAAGGGACUGGCUGUACGUUCCAACAGGGUUAAUUUAAUUUAGCAAUCUCGAAAAGGAAACGAAUAAUUAGUACCCUUGUCUAAUCUGGGCCCCUCUCAUCUGAGGGGGCCCACCUGGAAAAUUCACUAUUAUCAUUUUGGACAAUUUGGCAAUAAAUAAAUAAAAAAAAAAAGAAAAUUCUAUACUUACAACAAACAUAUAAAACUGGGGGGAGUGUAGUAUUCGUUGGUAUUAAGCCAGACCCUGCCGGAAGUGCACGAUCCCAUGAUGCCUCUCUCUCUCUCUUUCCGGCAACCAAAAUAUAGACAAGAACAGAAUAACCAAAAGAGACAAUCUUCAUCCUAGAAGAGACCACAAAGCCAAUCAAGCUUCUUGGGUAAGUUUCACAUUUACUCGGGAUC